CAAAUAAUGUUGCUUGUUUAGGAAUAAUCAAUAAUCCUGAUUUUAGAAUUUUUCUCACAAAACUUUUCUAAGGGUCGUAGUGGUGUAAAGGAUUGACCUUACACCAACUACCAUCAACACCCCCCAACAAAUUUUAACAAUAACCCCAACUUACCUUAGCUUAUUAAUUAUAAUGGAGUACUCGUAUAGAACAAAACUCAAUGUAUUCAUUGUGCUCAGUCUGUUUGUAUUUGCUGCAGUAGGGACCGCAACAAACGCUCCGAGGAGGAAACUCUCAAAGAAAUACAAAGGCCCGUGUAUGGCCGUGAAUUCUAUCGACAAGUGCUGGAGAUGCGACCCUAACUGGGCCGAAGAUCGCCAGAAAAUGGCCGAUUGUGCAUUGGGUUUUGGUAUCAAUGCGAUGGGAGGAAAGUAUGGUCCGUACUACAUUGUCACGGACAAUUCUGACGAUGACGUUAUUGAUCCUAAGCCUGGAACUCUCCGAUUCGGGGUGAUCCAAAAGGGGCCCUUGUGGAUCACAUUUGCCAAAAGCAUGAGAAUUGAAUUAACCAGGGAACUUAUUGUUAGUAGCAAUAAAACAAUUGAUGGACGUGGAAAAUACGUUCACAUAGCAAAUGGAGCUGGCAUUAAGAUACAAUCUGCAUCUAAUAUUAUUAUCUCUAACCUUCGAAUUCAUAAUAUUGUACCUACCCCAGGUGGCCUGCUUAGGGAAUCCGACGACCACCUUGGCCUAAGGGGCGGAGAUGAAGGUGAUGCCAUCAGUAUUUUCAAUUCUCAUGAUAUAUGGAUUGACCACAUCUCUAUGUCCCGUGCCGCUGAUGGUCUUAUCGAUGCUGUUGCUGGUUCCACUAAUAUUACCAUAUCUAACUGUCACUUCACUGACCAUGAAAAAGUAAUGUUGUUCGGUGCUAACGAUCAUUCCGAAGAAGACAGGUCAAUGAAAAUAACAUUAGCGUACAACCACUUUGGAAAGAGGUUGGAUCAAAGGAUGCCUCGAUGCAGGUUUGGAUUUUUCCAUCUGGUGAACAAUGACUACACUCAUUGGGAAAGGUACGCUAUUGGAGGAAGCAGUGGAGCGACCAUCAUCAGCCAAGGGAAUAGAUUUAUUGCGGAGGAUAAAUUGUUGGUGAAAGAAGUGACAUAUAGAGAGAAAAGUACAUCAAGUGUGGAAGAAUGGAUGAAAUGGACAUGGAUAUCAGAUGGUGAUGAUUUGGAAAAUGGUGCUACAUUUACACCAUCUGGGGAUCAAGAUUUACUCGCCAAAAUUGACCAUCUCAAUUUGAUAGAGCCAGAACCAUCUUCUAAAGUUGGAUUACUAACUAAGUUUUCUGGUGCAUUGUCUUGCAAAGUUCGACGCCCAUGCUAAAAUCAUUUUUUAUCAGAGAACCCCCUCCCUAUU